GGGGAGCCGGAGAAACGCGGCAUCAUCCCCAUCUCCUUCGAGCACAUCUUCACCCACAUCUCCCGCUCGCAGAACCAGCAGUACCUGGUGAGGGCCUCCUACCUGGAGAUCUACCAGGAGGAGAUCCGGGAUCUCCUGGCCAAGGACCAGAGCAAGAAGCUGCAGCUGAAGGAGAACCCGGAGUCGGGGGUGUACAUCAAGGACCUCUCCUCCUUCGUCACCAAGAACGUGAAGGAGAUCGAGCACGUGAUGAACCUGGGGAGCCAGACGCGCGCGGUGGGCAGCACCAACAUGAACGAGCGCAGCUCCCGCUCGCACGCCAUCUUCCUCAUCACCGUCGAGUGCAGCGAGACGGGGCCGGACGGCGAGGAGCACAUCCGCGUCGGCAAGCUCAACCUGGUCGACCUGGCCGGCAGCGAGCGCCAGAGCAAGAUGGGAGCCCACGGAGAGCGCCCCAAGGAAGCCUCCAAGAUCAACCUCUCCCUCUCCGCCUUGGGCAACGUCAUCUCGGCGCUCGUGGAUGGCAAGAGCACGCACAUCCCGUACCGGGAUUCCAAGCUGCCCCGGCUGCUGCAGGACUCCCUCGGCGGCAACGCCAAGACCAUCAUGGUGGCCACCUUGGGCCCGGCCUCCCACAGCUACGACGAGAGCCUCUCCACCCUCAGGUUCGCCAACAGGGCCAAGAACAUCAAGAACAAGCCCCGCGUGAACGAGGAUCCCAAGGACACCUUGCUGCGGGAGUUUCAGGAGGAGAUCGUCCGGCUGAAAGCCCAGCUGGAGAAACGCGGCAUGCUGGGGAAGAAGAGGAGAAGGAGCAGCCGGAGGAAGAAGGCGGUGGACGGAGAAAGCGCCACGGAGAAUGAGGGCGAGGACGACAACGAGGACGGGCUGGAGAAGAACAUGGAGAACUACUUGAAGGAGCAGAAGGAGAGGCUGGAAGAGGAGAAGGCCGCCAUCCAGGAUGACCGCAGCCUGGUCAGCGAGGAGAAGCAGAAGCUGCUGCAGGAGAAGGAGAAAAUGAUCGAGGAUCUGCGGAAGGAGCAGGAGGCCACGGAGCUGCUGGCCACCAGGUACAAG